AUGAGCGCCUACGGCAAUUACGCUACCUCUGGUGGUGGUCGGAGUGGGGGCUCCCCUUAUACCAGCAACCUGGUCGAUCCGUAUGCCCGCAACCUCUCCAACCACUUCGAAUAUAUUGAUGCCGACCACGGAAUGCUGCAAGACACGCCACGCUCUUCGGCAGCAAAGUUUCAUGGCGACGGUGAUGACCCGGAUGCUCCCGAUGUCAUUCGUGUGCGCUAUAUGGCCACGCUCCUCCCCAUCGAAUUCCCCCCGUAUUCCAUCAGUGAAGGAAGAGCAUUUGUCGGCCAAUUGAGAGAUACCGUCGCACAGUGGCUUCAGACGGACCCCAGAAGAGUGCGGUUGGUUUACAAGAAGCGCGAUCUGAAACACGAUUCCUGGCCAUUGAAAAAAUACAACAUCAAGCAGAAUAGUGAAGUUGCGGCCAUCAAGACAGAAAGUGUUCUGGAUUACAGCGACAGGGAGGGUCAUUCGUCCAGUGGAGAAGAUAGCGUGGCGGCCUCAACCCAGAAUCCUCGUCGACGGCCUCGAGCCUUGUCAUCCAUCAGACACCGGAGCAGCGAGCAAAUGUCGCAGCCCAGAACCCCAAACGGCUCACAUUUUCUUUCGCCUAACGGCCAUGUACCUUCAGGAACAGCAUCGGAACGGCAGUCUCGUGGCAGCUCGAGGCCGGAACCGGACGACCGUGCUUAUCGACGAGAACCAUCGCGGACUCGAGGGACUUCGCCUAACCCGGGCUCCACGUCGGCACCAUCAACUCGUGCAGCAGACCCUAACACCCCCUUGGGAAAACUCCAGACACUGUCCGAUGUCUUCCACGAAGAUUGGCUUCCUCUCUGCCGCAAAUUCGUCUCCAAUCCGCCCUCCGAUCUUCAGGCGAGAGAGAAAGAGCACCGAAAGCUGAGCGAAAGUGUUAUGCAACAUGUUCUUCUCAAAGCCGAUGCCAUUGACGUGGACACUCCUGAGGCUCGCGCUUUCAGAAAGAAGCUGGUCAAUGAGGUUUACGAAACUAUGAAAUCCAUUGAUGGCGUGAACAAAAGAUGA